AUGGCCUUGCUGCUUUCCGACAUGGCCGCGCUCUCUUAUUUGUUCUUCCGCGCUCACUUGUUGUUUGCUUUCAUCCCCUUUGAGAGUGUGGCCGAGUUGAUAAAACGAGCAAACGAGACGCUCGAGAUCGAGCCGCAGGGCACACUUCAGGAGCAAGCGGAGGCGGUCCUGUCCGCGCUCGUGGGAGCGAGCCACCCCUACGAUGCAGGGCAGGCUGCCGGCGGUGAUGAAGACACGGUCGCACCUCUCGCGAGCGUCUCUCUGGCGGACGCCAACUUCGACACCGGCAGACCGACCGUCCCCGAGUCGACCCUCGGCGGUGAGACCACGUGCUCUGUGUGCUUUACCAACCCGAAAUCGCACGUCGCGGCUCCCUGCGGCCACCAGUGCGCGUGCGGCCCCUGCUCCGCCAGGAUGGAGUCGUGCCCCAUCUGCCGCGCGCCCGUGCUGAUGUGGAUGCAGCUCCGCGUUGCCUGA